AUGAAUAAGCAGAUCCGAAAUUCUAGUCCGCCGGCGGGCACUCCAAGCGAGCGACCCCGCCCCUCUUCGGAGGGCAAGCCCCAAUCGUAUACGGCGGGGGGCAAAGACUGCUUCGUAGGCCAGCAAGAUGCUGGCCUCCGUGAACACGACUUAGGCAACGAAAACGGUUUAGGAUUGAGCAAAAGUUUGGAUGUGAGGGAACUGAGAAGUGGGAGAAAAUCGGACAGAGUUCCGGGAAGAACAGACAAGGAAGCCAGGGUCAGUCUUACUAGUCUGUCGGUCGGGCGGGACGCGCUAAUGGUGCUCCCCGGCCCGAGUAGGAAGGAUGCCACGAGCGACGGAGAGGACACGGAGGGCUCCGUCGUUUCAAUGAGAUCGGUGGCUUCAGCAGGUUCCGGAGUCUCUCGCGCUGCAAAGCGUGCAAGACUGCCAGGGCCUGCAACAAACGGAGGGUCGCCGAAGUCGAAGCGCAAGCCUCGACCUAGGCAAAAACCAGAGAUCGAGAUAGAUGAUAACGAUCCCUAUCUAUCCUCGGUAUCAGUGUCAUCCACACGAUCCAAGGACACUCUGCCCAGGGUGGAGGACCUGGCGUCGGAAAUGAGGGAACAGCCAGUGGCCGACCUAGGAGCUCGAAUCCUCGAAUCCAUGGAGACGGUCACCAAAGUCGCGGAUCACUCCAAGAACCUGAAGGGCAAUUUUGUACGGUCCUUGAGGUUGGCGGCGAUCACGGCAAAGGCUGCGGCUGACGAAAUGGCGCAACGAACGGCGUCGAUUGGCAGCGAGGGAUGGCUUGAGAGGGAAAACGCAAACUUGCGCUCCAAACUCUCAGGGGUGGAGGAUAGGCUUAAGACCCUGCAGGCCGAGAUGGAGCUUCUCCGCCAGCGGGAGCGCGCGCCUCCUAGAAAAGAGGACAGAAGACAGCCCGCCAGGGGCGCCGAUGAAAUCCUAAUGGAUCGCAUCGGAGCCCUUGUCGAAAACAAGCUGGCUGCCUUCAAGGCGGAACUACUCCCAGGCCGAGCCAUCAGGCCGCCCCUGGGUAAGAGGCUGGUGACAAGCGACGCUCCAGCAGCGGCGCUACCACCACCGCCGCCACCUAAGCCGAGAAGGGGCUCUGACGAGAUCCUCAUGGAUAGAGUUGGAGCCCUGAUCGAGAGGAAGCUGGCCGACUUCAAAGCUGAGCUGUAUCCGGACAGGGUCCGCAGACCGAACCAGGAACCAGCUCCAGUCGCUCCAGUAGUGGCGCCUGCGACAGCAGCGCCCAAGAAGAAGAAGAAGAAGAAAGCAAAAAAGGGUGGGAAGAAAGGUGCCAACCUGCAGCCGCCCCCAGUGCCGAAGGGUGCUCCGGCAGUGACAGCGACAGUAGCGGGUCCCUCAGGACUUCAGACCCGUUCAUGGGCCCAGGUCGCGGGCAAGAAGCCUGCCUCUCGACCAUCUGAGAGGGCAGCUGCUUCAAAGCCCAAACCGGCUAAGCCACAAAAGCCAGCCCAACAGGCGAGCAGUGUUAGAGCCAAGCCAGCUCGGCCCCCUAACACUGCUGUUGUGGCCGUGACUGUCCCCGAAGGGGCUGACACCACCUAUGCUGCGGUCAUGGGUGCAGCAAAGCAGCGCGUGAGUCUCGCAGAAUGCGGGAUCUCUGAUCUUCGGCAGAAGAGGGCUGCGACCGGUGGACUGAUCCUAGAGGUCCCUGGUCCUGACAGUGCUAGGAAGGCAGAUGACCUCGCCGCGCGCCUGCGCAGCGCUCUCACGGAUAUGAAUGUGCGCAUAUCGCGUCCGGUGAAGACUGGCGAGAUCAGGGUCACGGACUUUGAUGAGUCCGUAACCCAGGCUGACAUCGCUUCUGCGAUCGCGGACCAGGGGGGCUGUUCGCGGGAGGAUGUCAAAGUCGGAGAAAUCCGCCUUUCGCCACGGAUGAUGGGCACAGCUUGGGUUAAGUGCCCGCUCAUCGCUAUCCGCAAACUCGCAGGCACGGCGAGGCUAAGAGUGGGGUGGGCGUCGGCGCGAGUCCAGGUGUUAACGGCUAGGCCGUUGCAAUGCUUCAAAUGCCUGGAGAUGGGACAUGUCAGAUCUCAAUGUCCCAACGCCGAGGACCGCAGCAGCUGCUGCUACAAAUGUGGCCUGACUGGUCACAAAACAGGCAGCUGUCAAGCACGCGAGCCCAAGUGCCCGGUCUGUACAGACCUCGGGCGACCGUCGAAUCACCGACUGGGUAGCCAGCAGUGCACCCCUCCUAAGAGGAGAAAGGGCAGAGGACAGCAGCAGAAUCCUCAACCCAGCCGUGACGUAGCGCCAUCUUCGCGCCAGGGCGAAAGCCCACCGGAGGCUAUGGAGGCCCAAGAUUCCCUCCCCUAA